UGAAAAACGCCUGAAAAUUUGUCGUGUGAAUGCAGAGGCAGCAUGAAUUCAUACACGUCGAGACUUGAGUACACAACACAUGUGAACACACACAUACCUUGGAGCUGUCACAAUAACGAAACAAUAAAUCGAAGAAGCGAGAGCCGUUGGUGAAGUCGGAAGGUGUGAAAUGGGCUUCGAAGUUCAUCGGUUUCAAGGCGAGGUCGACGAAGAACUUCUUUGCCCGAUCUGCUCCGGCGUUUUGGAGGAACCUGUUCAGGCUCAACUCUGCGAGCAUGCAUUUUGCCGGGCUUGUAUAAACGAGUGGAUCAACCGCCAACCGACCUGCCCUGUCGACCGAGCGCCGAUAACGUCUGCGCAGCUGAGGCCUGUACCUAGAAUCCUAAGAAAUUUGCUUGCUCGAUUAUGCAUUGGCUGCGACAAUACGAUAUAUGGAUGCCAAGUUGUUGUAAAAUUGGACUGCCUUGUCGCACACCUUGACGAAUGCGAGUACAAUCCAAAACGGCCAAUGCCAUGCGAGCAAGGCUGUGGAUUGAUAAUACCGAAGGACGAGCUGAAGAGUCAUCAUUGCAUACGAGAACUUCGCAGCCUGAUACAAUCGCAGCAACAAAAGUUGACCGACAUGAAAAGAGAACUGGGAGAACAACAGUUUCAGAUUAAUGAACAAAAACGGGAAAUACACUUGCUCAAGGACUUUAUGAGAGCCAUGAGAGUCUCAAAUCCGGCCAUGAGAGCUAUCGCCGAUCAAAUGGAACGCGACGAGGUUGUCAGAUGGUCCGCCACGCUUCCUCGUGCCAGAGUAACUAGAUGGGGGGGUAUGAUUUCUACACCUGAUGAGCUGUUACAGGUAAAAACAAUGAUCAAGAGAACACUAUCAGAAUAUAAUUGUCCGCCGCAUGUGAUUGAUGAACUGAUGGAAAAUUGUCACGAAAGAAAAUGGCCACCUGGAUUAAAUUCUUUGGAAACAAGGCAGAGUUCUCGGCGUCAGUAUGAAAAUUAUAUUUGCAAAAGAGUACCUGGUAAACAGGCUGUGCUGGUGCUUCAUUGUGAUAACACGCAUAUGCCGGAAGACAUGAUGGUAGAGCCAGGUUUAGUUAUGAUUUUUGCUCACGGUAUUGAAUGAACAAACUGAGAUAAGAAUCUGCGUCGAAAUUUUACAAAAACUGUUCAAUAUGGAAAGGAAUUUUAGUUACGAAUGAAUUUCGAACACAGUUUCCUUUGGUGUAAAAAAAUCAUUACCAAUCAGCUCUUGUCAAUGUUAAACAAACUAAUGAAUCGGAGGUGAACGAUACUCUGAAAAAAAUUAAUCUGUUGUAUAAAAUGCACAAAAAGCUGCAGGUAUCGAAAGUUAUUUUCGAGGCGCAAAACUGUUGACUGUACAGAAGUGUUGUACAGAUAUUCUUGUGAGUUGUUGAGUGAUAUUUAUGCUUUUUUACUUUACCAAAUACCUUCUUCAUCCGUGAAUCCAAGGUACUAAAGGUAUAACGAGUAAGACAUAAUAAAAAAAACAAUCGUAAGAAUUCUACUACUGAAAUAGUGAAUAUAUAAAAUACAAGCCAUGGUAUCGAAGCAAUUUCUCAGUGAAUGCUGGGGUAUUUUGUAAAUGUCCUAUGAGAUGUCGAUAUACUCGUCGAUAUGUAGGUAAUAUUUAUCGACAAACUGAAAUCGUCGUUAGAUCAAUUUUUAUGAAAUCAGUUUAGCCACAAGUUUGAGGUUUAAUUUCAUUUUUAAAUAUCUCCACCUACGAUUAAAUCCUAAAUAAAAUUUGUAUGAUAAUUUAGUCGUGAUCAAUGUAUUAUAUAUAAUUAUACUAACGUGACAACCAAAUCAAGACUGUAUAUUUUUAUAAAUGAUUCUAUUCAUUGUUCAAUUCCGCGAUAAGUUAUUGUUACUGGCAAUUAGUUAUUAUCGCUCUGUCAUAAUUAUUGUCUAUACACGGAGUCUGCAGCACAGGCUUUUAACUUAUGAUGAGAAAAAGUUGCCUUCUAGAUUUACUGCUUAUUAGAAUAGGGCUGACGUAUUGCUGUUACAUUUGACAAAUUGCUCUGUCAUUCAUUCAAGAUCGCAAGCAACAUUAAAAUACGGACUGUCUAUGCAUAUAUAAUACAUGAGUAAUAUCCUGGCAUUCUUCGAUUUUGGUGUAAAUUUUUUAUGCAUAGUUUAUGGUCAAGUGGAGUUUCAACUGCAAACAAAGGUGCAGAUGUUUAAAUUACGACUCUGGAUCACAUGUCAAAUUGCUCCACUGCGCCCUGACGAUAUAAUUUAAAAUAUUGUAAAGUCAAAUUUAUAUCAAGUUAAGCGUGAGAAAUUUGUAAGAAAAUCUGACGAUCCAAGGACCCCAGCUUAGCAAAACUAACACAGCACGUCUGCAAA